GCUCGUCGUCGCCGACGACGACUACGGCCCCCAAUGAGCUUCGAGAAGGUCAUCAAGAACGCCUGCAAGCCAAAGCUAGCACCACCAAAGGCCAAGUACCUGGACCCGAUUAUUGCUGCAACAUGGUCGGAGGAUGGUGCGGUCCACGAUGUCUGCAAGGCCCUUUCGCCUCGGUUUCGAGAACCAAAUGCCAUCGUCGUGUUCAAAGCGCUCAUCGUGCUGCAUACCAUGAUUCGUAACGGCGCAACGGAUAAUGUCCUUUCAUAUCUAUCUUCAUCUGAAGUAUUGCGCUUGAAGAAUGUGUCCACCGGUCAAUGGGAAGGAUACAACGCUCCGGAGAAUCUUCAAAAUUACGCCACAUAUCUUAAUUCACGCAUACGGGCCUACCGCGAACUCAAACACGACGCCAUUCAUGUCCAAGCCGAGAACAACCGUGACACUCGUCUCUCCAUGUCCCUCGAGGAGGAAGCACGCCGAAACCGUUCUAAAAACGAUUCUCCCCCGCAGAAAGCACCGUCGAGAAGCAAAACUAUUUCGGGCCGGAAGUUGAGGGUGAUGACGGUAGAGAAAGGUCUGUUGAGAGAGACGAGAGUGGUGCAGAAGAUGAUCGACGCUCUGGUCGAAUGCAGGUUUUACCUGGAUAAUCUCGAUGACGAGCUGUCGGUCACCGCGUUGCGGAUGUUGGUGAAGGAUCUUCUCAUCUUAUUCCAGGCAGGCAAUGAGGGUGUUAUCAAUGUCCUAGAGCACUACUUCGAGAUGUCCCACGUCGAUGCCGAGCAAGCCCUAUCCAUCUACCGGCAUUUCUGCAAGCAAACUGAAUAUGUCGUCGAAUAUCUCGGUGUCGCGAAGAAACUGCAGAACAUCCUCAACGUACCCAUCCCAAAUCUGAAACACGCCCCUGUGUCACUCGUCGGCGCUCUGGAAGAAUACCUCACAGAUCCCAACUUUGAGCAGAACCGGAUAGAGUACAAGACGAACAAAGAUGCGGCUGAACGGAGUCUGAAGAACGGAACGAGCAAACCGUCGGGUAGUCGUACUCCGAAGGUACCUUCUCCUCAGCCGGAAACGAAGAACUCGGAAGCCUCUACGUCUGCCGAUGGAGCCAAACCGGAUGCCAGCAAGGCCAUGGCCGACUUCUUCUCUGCGAUUGAAGAGGAGCAGCCAACCAUGUUCAACCCGCAGACUGGCAGCCCGACGAAUCAGUACUUCCAGCAACAAGCUACCCACAACCCGUUCGCCCUUCGUCAGCAAAUGACAGGCGCAUUCCCAGGCCAACAGCCCUUCGUUCAACCGCAAAUGCCAAUGCAGACCGGCUUCCUUCAACCUCAGUUCACCGCUAUGCCAAAUUUCCAACAGCAGCCGCAACAGCAUCCACAACAACACCCGUCGUUCUCCAGUUUCCUCCAGCCUCAGCCGACAGGAAUGCUGCAGCCACAGGCUACGGGUGCCAAUCCGUUCCGUCAAAGCAUGAUGGCGCCGCAGCCCACAGGAAUGUCACCCUUUGGUCUCGGUGCACCCAGCCCCCAGCAGCAGCCACAACAAUUCCAACCCACAGGCAACACGACUCCUCUUCCGAUGCAACCCACGGGCUUCUCGCCUUUUCCUCACCAUUCAGUCACCCUCCCCAACUCCGCGACCACUCCCGCGUUCAAUGCGUUCCAGCCAAACGCACCAUCGACCAACAAUUCUCCCUUCGCCGCUCAGCCCACCGGAAACCCGAAUGCCAAUAUUGCACCGCCUGCACGACCUGCUAGCACGCCCAUUACGAGUUUCGGGAUUGGAGGGGCAGGCAAGAGUGCGUCCCCGCCACCUCAGCCUGUCAAGACGCAUCAGACAGGUUCUAGGAAUCCGUUCGGUGUGCCGGUGCAGAAUGUACCGCCUGUGCCUAAGCCACCUACUUUGAUGGAGCUGGCCAUGGGUGGAGGAUUCAAUGCUAUCCAGCAACAGCAACAACUACAGCAGCAGCAGCAAACGGGACAGGGAGGAAAUCAGAUUCAACCACAGCCGACUGGUUUCAAUAGCACUUUCAUUCCAAGUGCACCGUCAAACCCACAGCAGGGCUCAGGCAUGUCUAGCGUUGCUACCUCUUUCUCGUUCAACAAACCUUCAGGCUCUGAAGACGCGAACAAGUCGCCGGCUUCAGGUCUGCCGACUUUGCCUGGCCUCAGUGGGUUGGGUUCGCCGUUGACAAGCCAGAACACAUCCACUACCGUCACGUCCGGCACAUUCUCCGACUCGAUCUUCUCCGCUCUUGGGAGUCAGCCAACCGGUGCGACUAGUACAUCUAACGGCACGGGUAGUGGCAAUCCCUCCUUCAGCUUCACGCCGUCAACGCUGCAGCCUCAGGCGACGGGGUACUCUGCAGGUCUGAAGGCAUUCAAGCCUACGUCUUCGUUCGGUGCAAGCUUGUUGGAAUCGUUGCCCCCUAUUCCCCAAUCCGCACCUACCACACCUGGAUCUCAGCCCACUUCUCCAGUUCCGAAUGGAAACAGCAGCUUCAACCCUGGUGCUGCUGGAAUAGGGUCGCAGCCAACGGGGGCGGGUGGAAUGUCCGCAUUUGGUGGUGGGAGUGGAGGAUUCAGCUCUGGGACAGGUGUAGGAAUGAGGCCACAGAUGACCGGAGCGGCACCGGGUGCGAAUCCGUUCAGAGCGACGAUGUUCGCUCAGCCGACGGGAGGUGGCAAUGGCGGAUUCGGAGGGCUGGGAGGAUUCUCGAGUUCGCCUUCGGCGCCGGCGUUUGGUUCGAACGCGACAGGGGCUGGAUCGGGUGGUCAGAUGUUUGGACAACAGACGGGGAUGAAUGGAUUUGGUGGAGCUGGUACGGGCAUGGGAGCGAGUUUGUUUGGAGGUGCGUAUGGACAGGAUGCGUCGAAACAGCAGCAGCAGCCCCAGAAUGGGUCGUUGAUCUAGGUGGUGUCCUCUUAUUUUCCUGUAUAUUUUAUCCUCCGAGGACUUGUGGAGGUUGUCCAGAGCUCUCAGUCUGUCAUUUCCGCCUGGUCAUACCUUUAUGACCCUGUUAACUUUUCUCGGGCCUCAACGCAACGCCAUCAGUAUCUCCUCCAGCAGAUUUCAUGUCCGCUCAAUACCUACACCCUCCUUUAUACAUACAUGUCUUUCCCCUCUUCUCUGCGUACGUUUAGCUCCGCUAGGGACUUUUUUUCUCCAGCCUUCCCGCUCCUCAGUAUUAUUCGCAGCCAUACCUCAAACAUCUAUAACUUGCCUUCAUCUACUCGUCGAGGCUUGUAUGUUAUACCAUAAUGUGUCAGUCGGACGCUGUCCAGCCGCUGCCAUCUUGUGAGUUCACAUUCCUUCACCUUUGUCGCAUUACUCUUUCUUACUUGUCCCCCUGGCCCAUCGUACCUACUUUGAUCCUCGUUCUGGAUCUACUGCGCGCGUAACCGUUCUUGUCUCGUCUGUUUUGUUCUGUUCUGUUCUGUUCCGUUCUGUGUUUGACUCUUCUCGACUUUUGGGGCUACGGGUAUGUGAAUCUGUUUCUGUUUCGCGGAUGUCCUCUCUUUUUUCCCUCCUUCUUCCCUUUCUGCCGGUUUCGUAUAUUAUAUGCAUCACGUCAUUCUUUCAUCUCUGUUUCAUUUUUUCUGCCUUCAUCUAUCGUCCGUCUCACAUCCUACACAAUCAGUCUGCAACCUCAUCUCACCUC